CAUUAGAUUAGGUUAGGUUAGGUUCCAAUGUUAUUGUUCACAUCGAGUGUCUAAGGUGGUCGAAGAGCAUAUAUCGGAAUAAUAAAGUUGAAUUGAUCUAGUAUCACAAUGUUGCGAUCAUGGGAAUCGAUGGACAAAAGUAUCAAAAAGAACGUGCUAACUCUAGGAAUGUACACCAAGAAGCCAACGGAAUGCUCCAAGUGUAACAUCAUUGUGGAGAAUAUAAAUGUCAUGGGAACGUUGAAUGAUAAUUUAAAAGAAAAAUAUCAUACUGAGAUUCUCGAUGGUGAACGCGAAAAGACAUUGAUCGUUGGUGAAGCGAGUGCAGAAAUCGAUAGGAAGAUUGAGAGAGUGAUCCAGAUGAUGAAUACCAAUGAGAGGAGUCUUGUUACCAUUACUAUGCCUGUAAAACAGACAGAAGUUAAUAGUGAAAUCAUAACGAUUAAAUUCGAGAUUACAUUGAUUACAUGUGAACGUCACAAACCAAUUUGGGAGUGGAGUGUAGAGGAAAAGUAUGAAGUAGCUUUGAGAUACAAAAAGACAGGUGUUGAAUUGUUCAAGCAAUCUAGAUUCGUAGAUGCAUUCUACAAGUUUAGCAGAGCUUGCAAAAUUCUGAUAACACUGGAACCGAUAUCAGACUUAGAAUUAGACAAGCAAUUGGAAUCUAAUAUUAAUAAAUUAAGAUUUUCAUUGUAUAAUAAUAUGGCUAUGUGUCAUUUGAGUCAAAAGAAUUAUGAACACGUUGUUACUUUGUGCACCAAAAUAUUGGAUAAGGACAAGAAUAAUGUUAAGGCUUUGUAUAGAAGAGGAGUGGCAUAUGGGAAUAUGAAGAAUAAUGAAAAAGCUGUGGCAGAUUUGAAAGUAGCACAUACCUUAGAGCCUAAUAAUAACGUAGUGAAAGCAUUGUUUGAUACGUAUAAUACCAAAUUGCAGGAAUCUAUUCAGAAAAGUAACGAUAUAGUAAGAAGAAUGUUUAAAACUUAAUUAGUCAAUUUUAAAUAUUACUGCAAAUAUAUAUUUAUCUUUACUAAUUUUAAGAAAUAAAGUACAUUUAUUUUAUAAAUAGAAAAAUAUACACUUUAUUUCUAACCAUGAUAACUUGCGCUACAAUUAUCUUAACAUAUUGAUAAUAUGUACUCAUGUUUUUAUUUCUUAAAAAAACUAAUAACAUCAAACUAAAAAAGUCAUUACAGUGUUUGACUAUUAUAAUUAAGGAUGUCAGUAUAUAUAUAUUACAUUUAUUUCAUAUUAUUUUUAUUACAAUAUUAGUAUAAAACGGAUGGUUGAAGGAUAGAACUGUGUGUGCAGUAAGUGUAUAAUGCAUCCUAAACAAGCUAUGAUGCAAAAUUUUUAAUUCAGGUAACUUUAUCAAUAACCGCAACUAUAAAUUAUAUUCAAUAAUGUCAUGUUUAUAUGUUUCUAAUUAUACAUCACAACUAUGUAAGUUAUUACAAGUUUCUUUCAUAUAAUUAUCGGCUUCUAAAUAAUUUGAACAAUAUGAUUAUAUGACUGCCAUUUAUAUUAGUUUCUAAAUAACAAUAAUUGUUCUUUGAAAAUUGCGGUUUAAUGAUAAUUCAUGUUAUGUACAUGCACUUCUUUAUUUAAAGUAUGAUAUACUAAAGUGUUGCAAUUUAAAUAUUAAUUGCAGCUGUUAAAUUUAUAUAGAAAUU